AUGGCAUCUUUGCCGUUUUCCAUUUCUAAUAGAAACCGUGCGAAAAUAGCACAGGUAACGGAGGAAUUUGGGGCCGAAUAUCUGAAAAGCAAUCUUUCUAGCAAUAUAAAAGAAAUACCUGGGAUUAGCAAUCGGAUCAUGACAGAUUUUGUCAUGCCUGGUUCGUCUGCUCGCACAAUGUUCCAACCAACUGUUCAAUUCGGUAAUUCCUACUUUAAUUUUGGCUUUAUCAAAUCAUUGUUUGGCUCUUUUGUUUUUGCAAACAAAUCUGAACUUCAUGUUCCGCUUGCAGGCAUCAAGGCUGCAAACAUGGGAGGAUUUCAUGACGUGAAUGGCCACCAAAACGCCUCCUCAAAGCUGCAUAGCUUUUUGAAAGGCCCUUUUAUUAAAAGAAUUCUGUUUUUAUCCUUCAUUUUCACGUUUAUCUUCUACAUGCUUAUGCUCGUCUUUAUCUACCCGCCUUAUCGGUAUCAAAUGACUUCAACUUCUCUCGAAUUGUGCAACCACGAAUGCAGCAAUAAAAACAGCACUCUAGGGUCUUUUAACGGCAGUUUUUUGGCUUUAGAUAGAAAAAACGAAUUUUUAUUAGAGUUCUAUGCUUCAAAUAUAGAGGAACAUCGUGAAAGUGCUGCUGAUGAUUCCAUGAAAGUCUCUAGCUCUGUCACGCCGCAUUACAGCGCGGUUUCAUAUAGACCAUCUUUUUCGGUGUCUUUUUUCGAUCCGAGCAAUAUGCUUAAUAAUUUUCACUCAACAUCUCCUUUUUGUAAUACAUUGGUUUUCCAGUGUAUGCACCUGCUACAAUCAACGCCGACCAUCAACAUUUUGUAUUUAUGUGAAUUGUUUCGUCUGGUGAAGGAAAAGGUCUCUGUAUUGUUUCCAUUUUCAUACCUCAGUUUUGAUUCGUCCUCUGUAUCCUGCUUUUCUUCAUUCCCGCCAUUUUAUAGAAUUGAGCAAUGGUUCUCGACAUUUUGGGAUGAUCCAGAUGACCCAGAAGAUCCUCCAUUCGAGAUCGUCUUUUCACUUCCCAUAUUGGGCCUGGUACGCCUAUCAUUUGAUGUUGCAGAAUUAGAUCAGCUCGUGAUAGGAAACCCGUUUUUUUCAGAACAAAAGGGUAAACAGACAUCAAUUUUGUCUCUUUCGAGGCUGUUUGCGUCUGCCACUGUAAAUGUAAAUUUGUCGACCAGGCUUUUUGAACGGUCCUUGGCCUCCAUUAGAUGUCUCGUUCAAAACGCCACACUUUUCCUUUUACAACCCACCGAUUGUAAACUUCCUGUUUUUGACAUAUUGAUCCCGGAUUUUAGAAUCGAAAGCUUGACCUCAUUUGAGGCAACUAGGGGCAUUUUCAAUGCCGUACUAAAUCGGUACCAGUAUGUUUUGACAGAAAGAACGCAAAAGGUGCUUUCUCGAAGACUUAAUAGGUCUCUUAGAGUGGCUACCAAGAAAAUUUCACGGGCAAUCAGCCUAGGAUCUUUUUUAGAGUUUAUCGUUAGCGUUUGUUUGAGGCAUCCUUUGAAGUUUUGCGCAGAAAAUAUCAAGCUCUUUUUGAAAGGCAAAUAA